AUGGCAGCUUAUAGCGCGGUGAUUUCUCUUCUUCAAACACUUGAGCAAUUUCAGCAGAGAAAUCCAAACCUCGUUCAAGGUCAAACUGCUAAAACACUCGAAUCCCUUCUUGAUACUGCUCAAUAUUUUCAAAAUCUUGUUGAUGAAGCUAGCAAGAGUAGAUUUGAUCUCAAAAAAAUUAAGUCUUUGGAGGAAAUAAUAAGAGAUGCUGCUAGUUGUGCAGAAAAUGUUAUUGAAAGGAGCUGGACAUGUGGAAAUGCAUCUGAAAGUUCACUAAACAAGAAUUUUCUACCGGUUGUUGAAAGAAUCGAUACAAUAAAGAAGGAAGUGAUGGAGAUUGUUUCUGAUUUUAGUACUAGCACUCAUGAUAUUGACGAUGAUCAUAUUCUUGAAUCUGCUGGGGAUUCAUUGAGUGAUACUUCUAGAAGUAAUCGAAUGCUGCAACAUUUGGAAGAUGGUAUCGUGCACGGACUAGAUGAUGACUUGGAGAUAAUAGUUGAAAGAUUGAAAGGAGCAAUGUCGGAUCUAGAUGUUGUCACAAUAGCAGGCAUGGGUGGGAUUGGCAAAACAACACUCGCUAGAAAAGCUCAUGAUCAUCUAACAAUCAGGUAUCAUUUUGAUAUUCGUGUUUGGAUUACAGUAUCUCAAAAGUAUGGAAGUAGAAAUGUGUUGUUAGAAGCUUUACAUUGCAUUUCAAAACAAAAAAAUAUUGACAUUGGAAAAAAUUAUGAUGAAAAGGAUGACAACGAAUUAGCCGACCUAGUGCAGAAAAAACUAAAGGGCCCAAGAUACCUUGUUGUUGUUGAUGAUAUUUGGAGUACGGAUGUUUGGGAUAACAUAAGAAAAAUAUUUCCCAAUUGCAACAAUAGGAGUCGAAUCUUAUUGACUACUAGGGAAACAAAUGUAGCAAUGUAUGCAAAUCCUGUUAGCCCUCUUAAGAUGAACCUCUUGAAUUUAGAAAACAGUUGGAACUUACUUUGUGAUAAGGUGUUUGGACCAAAACAUGAUUUCCCUCCCGAGUUGGUAGAAAUUGGAAAGAAAAUAGCAGAAAAAUGUCAAGGACUACCCUUAACAAUUUCAGUGAUUGCGGGACAUCUCUCAAAAGUGGCCAGGACAUUAGGAAGUUGGAUGGAUGUUGCUCGAACUUUAGGUGAAAUCAUUGCUAGUCAUCCAGAUAAAUGCUUAGGAGUGCUCGGUUUGAGUUACCACCAUUUGCCUAAUCACCUCAAACCCUGCUUUCUUUCUAUUGGUGGUUUUCCGGAGGAUNGUAGAAAACGUCGUUGGCAACCUCCCAUUGCCUGA